UUCGCAUCUUGGAAUUCCCAAGUGGCAUCUCGUUCGUCGCCUACUUAACGCGAAAAAUCUCGACAGAUUUUUGCGAACCAAGCAUGGGUAGUAUGCCGUUCUACAUGCUGAUUAUCACCGUAACCAGUUUCACUACAAUAACAGUUUUAGUCAGUGCAACUGAUAAUCCUGCUUUAGAGAUCAAACCAGAUUUGCCAGUAAUUAUUCAGCAAGCUGCAAAGAGUUUGAGUUUAACAUGUAGGCCACGUGUAUCCGAACCCAACCUGAUAAGUCAACUAGAAUGGAGAGAUUCGGUAGGACGCUUGAUAGCAAAUACUGAUCAGAAUGCAUUAAUACAUGUUGCGAAAUUAACAAAUGAAACAGGAAUACUUUUAGUAUUUCCUAAUCCGCAAAAUUAUUUAGAUGGAAUUUAUAAGUGUAAAGCUUUUUAUGGGAGCACACUUCUAGAAACAAGAGUAAGAGUCGUAACGAUAGAUGGAAAUCCUGUUACACCGCAAAUUUUUGAAUUAUUUAAUAUAACAGCAUCGAUUGGAAGUGAUACGAAAGUUAUAUGUAAAGCAAACGGAAGACCAACUCCGAAGGUUUUAUUUAAAAAAUUAAAUAAAGCUGAUCUCUUUCAAAUUGGUUCUCAACCAUUUGACGAUAGAAUUCUCAUAGAAAACAUUAACAACAAUGCAAAAGGAGAAACUUAUGGAAUUUUAACGAUACGUAACUUAAGCCGAGCAGAUGAUGGCCUCUAUGAAUGUAUCGCCGACAAUGAAAUCGGUAAAGCAUUCAGAAUCGGUCAUAUUACCGUCGAAUUCCCUCCAGUAUUCAACAAUAACGAUAACGUUAACGAAGUAUGGACGUGGCAAAACAACCCCGUUAAAUUAACUUGCGUUGCAGAAUCUAUUCCAAACUCAACAAUAAAAUGGAGAUAUAACAGCAAUGAAUUAGAUAGGGAUAAUCCGAGUCUUAGAAUUGAAGGAUACGGACCAAAAUCACAUCUAAUUGUUACACCAGGAUCAGAAAAUAAACUUGACGCACAUUACGAGUGUGUUGCUAUGAAUCGAUUGGGACAAAACCAUAAAAUGUUUAGUUUAAAAAGCGCUGAUCCCCCUUGUUCAAUUUCUCAAGUUAAAGUUAAUACAGUAACCCCCACAACAAUUAAAUUCGAAAUUGUUAGACAGCAACUGUUUUCCGAGAUGCCUUUAAAAGCAUUCAUUUGUAAAUAUCGAAGAAUUGAUCAAACAUCGGAUUUCGCGAAAAAUAUCACUUGGAAUGUUAAUGCUUCAUAUAUAAUUAAUAACUUAGAACCUCAAAAAACGUAUCAUUUCACAUUUGCCGCAGUUAACGAUGUGGGAAUUGGUAGUUGGAGUGGACCAAAUCUUCACUUCACAAUGCCGAGACGAGGUGUGCCAGCAGAGCCUAUAAUUUUAGUAACACUUGGCGGUUUUGCAAAUGUUUCAAUUCACGAACAAGUCAUCGUCAGUUCUUAUGCGGAUCGCUAUGAAUUAAGGUGGAAUGUAUCGAAUGAUAAUGGACAUCCUUUGGAUUAUUAUAUUAUCAGAUAUUGCGAGACUCAUUGGAUUAAUGGUGAAUGGAAAGAUUCAGAAUCAAAAUGCUGUUCGGAAAUAAUAGAACCUACGUUCCAAAGCUACGAGAUGAAGGAACUACAACCGGACACAACGUACAACAUUGAGCUUAGGGCUCAUAACGCGCUAGGUGCGAGUACAACAGCGCAAAUGAGGGUUAAAACGAUCGUGGAAGCCUUUUCAGGAAGUAAUUCAUCAACUAAUUCGUUCAAUCUUCUUAUUUUGUUCGUUUACGCGGUAUUUUAUUAGACGAUAAAAAAAUUUGGAAGAAAAUGUUUACUCUUUUUGAUUACAUAAUG